AUGCGAGAAUAUCGGGAUGAAAGCUUCGAGAACCGAGAUGAUAUUCCACUGAAGGAGUCCGGAAGUGAAUCGGGCAUCGACGAACAGGAUGAAUACCCACCAAUGUCAAAGCUAGUCCCUAUUCUGGACAACACCAUCCUCGCAACCGCAGUACCCAAGAUUACCCAAGAGUUCAAUUCACUCGAAGACUUAUCCUGGUACGCCAGUGCUUAUCUUCUGACAUCAUGCGCCGUGACCCUUCCAUUCGGCAAAAUCUACUCUUACUAUUCGACCAAGUGGACCUACAUAAUUGCGCUCGCGUUGUUUGAGAUAGGGUCACUGACAUGCGCGGCAACUCCAACAUCAAAAGGGCUUAUAAUGGGUAGAGCAAUUGCCGGAAUUGGGUCUGGUGGAAUCUCUCCAGGGGCCUUGCUGGUGCUGGCUAACAUCUUACCCUUGCACCGCCGGGCACUGUAUUUUGGUAUCAUUGGCAGCACCAGCGGCAUUGCUACCGUGACUGGACCAAUGAUUGGAGGAUUGUUGACGGACCGGGUCAGUUGGAGAUGGUGUUUCUACAUCAAUUUACCGCUCGGCGCUAUUACCGGAUUCUUUAUAAUCAUGUUUUUCAAAGACGCCCGCAUGACUGAAAAAGAACUUGGAGGCCUGGAGCAGUUGAAACGAAUGGAUCCUCUUGGAAUUGUGGUCUUCAUUCCUGCCGUCAUCUCGAUCCUGUUGGCCCUUCAAUGGGGCGGCGCCAAAUACGACUGGGGAAAUUCCCGCAUCAUUGCUCUCUUUGUUCUCUUUGGAGUCUUUGGCUCAGCCUGGUGCUGCAUUCAGUGGUGGAGGCAGGAGGAGGCCACAGUUCCACCUCGUCUGCUCAGGAAUCGCAAUGUCUUUGGGGCUGUGAUCCAUGCCAUGUUCCUGGGCGGCUCAUUUUUUGUUUUGGGCUAUUAUCUCCCAAUAUGGUUCCAGGCAAUCAAAGAGGUUUCGGCUUCGGAGUCGGGAAUCAACAACCUUCCCAUGGUUGUGUCAAUGAUUGUUUGUUCCGCAAUUGGAGGUCUCUUGGUCAACAUCAUUGGUUACUACACGCCGUUCAUGUACAUUGGAAGUGCAUUCCUGACCAUUGGCGCGGGCCUCUGCACAACCUUUACGGUCGAUACAGGGCACAGCAAGUGGAUUGCAUAUCAGGUGAUCAUUGGACUUGGGGCAGGUCUUGGGUUCCAGCAAUGCAUCAAUGCUCUUCAGACCGUGUUGCCAUUAACGGAUAUACCGAUUGGGAUUGCGAUUAUCACAUUCUCGCAGAGCCUGAGCGGUGCAAUAUUUAUUUCGAUUGCACAGAACGUCUUCCAGAAUCGGCUCGUGACAAAUAUUUUGGCAAACACUUCGAAGAUAAGCCCAGAUACUGUGAUCAGAGCAGGGGCAGCAAAUCUGUCGCAGCGUCUGCCCAAAGAUGUUCUCCCUUUCGUGAUCCACGCAUACAACACUGCUGUCACUCAGACCUUUUAUGUUUCGGUGACCGCUGCCGCUCUUUCCUUCGUGGGAGCCGGGUUUGUGGAGUGGAAAUCCAUGAGAAGAAGGCCGACACCCCAGUGA